GUCACGCGCAUUUGUUUACUUUGAUUCCCGUUCUCUGAGUCUCUCAGCUAGACUCGUUGCUGCUGCUCCUACUUCAAUAUGGCAGACGUCGCACCAAAAAACGACACACGCGAAAUUAUCGUUAUCCAUUCUGACGCCUCAGAUAUCGAACCUGGACAGGUGACGACAAAAUCUGCCUCACCUCGGAAAAAGAGAAAGAAGAAGAAACAAACCAGUAGAGAAGAGGAGGGUUCAGAGGCUCAGGUUGAGCGGUCUUCAUCUGGUCGAGAAGCGAGGCGCGAACGGCGAAAAAGGCUGCGACUCGAAGAGCAGGCUAGUGGCUCUGGUUCGCGAGAUCUCAACACAGAACGACGCCGCCGUUCUCGUUCUCCUCCUAGCCGCUCUCCUGAACCCUUGGACGACUCGAAGCUUUUCUACUUCGACCUUGACCCAGUGCCUCUCCCAAAUGUAGUUCAAAAGGCUGAAAAGGCGGGCGACUCGGAGGAGGGUGGUCCUUCAAAGUUACUUCUACCAUCUCAUGUCCAGGUCCUGGGAUCUGUUCCGGUUGAAAUACUUCCACCAUCGCCUUCGGACUCUGAGAAUGAGGAUUACAUCGACUAUUUGGAUUACGAUGACCGAAAGGGUUUGGUCCGGUAUUUUGACACGCCUGAAGAUAAACCAACAAAGGUAGUAUGCAAGAAUUGUGGCGCCGAAGGCGAACAUACAACCUAUAAAUGUCCUGUGAUGAUAUGCCUUACGUGUGGGGCUCGUGAUGAACAUCCUACAAGAUCCUGCCCGAUUAGCAAGAGCUGCUUCAAAUGUGGGAUGAAGGGACAUAUCAAUAACUGUCCUAAUAAAUAUCAAAAUCAAGAGGCCGCAGGGGAUACCUGUCAUCGCUGUGGAUAUCGCAGUCAUAUCACUUCGGAAUGUCCAACGUGGUGGCGGAUCUAUGUUUAUAUCCCAGAAGAGAACGAACGUGUCCAAAUACUCCACGCCCGCCGUGAAAAGUCGAAAGCGGAUCUGGGUCAAGGAGGAGAAGGAUAUAUUGCCGAAGAUGAAUGGUGUUACAAUUGCGGAGUCGAAGGUCAUUGGGGCGAUGACUGCAACAAUGCCCCUCAUGCAUACGGGGUACCCGAGGACUACUCUGCAUUUGGAUCGAAUAAUCUGCACACGGGUCCGUUUGCAGACGUCAAUGUAUAUGCACGCCCAGCGACAACCCGACGUGGAGCUCGUGACUGGGAGAAAGAGAUUAAUGUUGUGGACAAUGUAGGGAAAAAGGGCAAGCGGAAGGCCAUCGAGAUGCUAGAAAGAUCUGCUCAGCGGCAGCUAGAGGACGAUGGUGACGACUGGUUCGGAAACCGAGGAGGAGGGAAAGAGUCGAAAACGGCUACGUCUCGUGCGAGCGGCAGACCUGCAAAGAAGCUGAUGUUCAGCCAAUCAAUCAAAUCGGGUCUUUUAAAUCACAUAGGUGAUACAGCAAUCGAUGUAGGACCAUCUAAACGGGGAAAGUCGGACAGAGAGGAAAGCAGAAGACAGAGGGAAAAGCGAUCCCACUCAGACAAAUCCUCUUCAUCCAGGAAUAGGCAGAGCGAUCCAUACGACACGUUUUCGAACGCUAGGUCUAGUCGAUUGUCAGGUCGACACCAAGACUCGUACAGACCGAGAGAGUACGACAGGCGCAGGCCUAGAUACAGCGGCGGGUACGGGAGGUAACUGGUUCUGUCCUCUAGAUAGCCUGUUGAUAUUGUGCUGUAAACACUUCAGUGUCAGCGAAUUUCGAGUCGGAAUUGAAAUUUACCGAGGGCACGCGGUCACGUGCAGUUU